CUGAGUGCGAGAUGUAACAAGUCGAGAACUGAGGAUUUUUGAUGAAUUUAAAGCUAAGAGGUUUAUUGAUCUCAACACCAUGAUUUUUUGUGACUCAAGUGACUCUAUAACAGUCGAUCAAUCCAUCAAUUAUUGCAGUUUUUUCAAGAUAAACGGAACAUUCCUGUGAGAUUAUUUGCGAAGUGGUUACGGAAAUGCCUUGAACAUUGGACCGACUAUCCCAAGUGCAGUACAGUACCGAUGUUUUUGGGUGUAUGCGAACUUUUUUUUCAUUGCAAAUGUCAAUAAUCAUUGAAAUGAACUUAUGGGAAUAAUUGAAUAAUUUUCUAUCAAUUUUCAUCAAUAAAUUUCACACAUAAGUCAAUCCUAUUCAUAAAACUCGAGGUACGACUCACGGACAAUAAUGAAUAAUAUUCAUUCAGAGCUCAUGCUAAAGAACGAGGCAAAGGAAAUUGAAGAAUCCAUUCAUCUCCAAGAGAGCACUCCUCAACAAAUUUCCCAAAUCAACGAAAAGGCUGAAGUGCAUGUGAUCGACCUGCGAAAUGAUCUCGACAAUAACAAGAACAAUCCACACAAAUAUUUCUUAGUAUACAUAGAAGCAUACUCGAGCUAUAGUGUGUUAAAACCACUAAGACUGAAUAAUGACGAUGAAAUAGCGGAGAACCUCCUAGAUAUUUUUUCCAUUAUAGGAUCUCCGGCCAUAAUCAACUAUCACAAUAAAAAUCAUACUGAAAAAUUAUCAGAAGUCCUAAAAACUUACACCACACCCAUCUUCAACGUAAAAGUGGAACAACACGGUAAUAAAGAGGGCGCAAUCUCCCUGAAAAAUCAUUUCGAGAAGCAAUUGUUCGAUUGGACCAAAGAAAAUCCAGAUAAGCCCCUACAAAUCGGCCUAAAAUUUCUCCAGAUGAUGAAAAACAACAGAAUUAACCCACUAACAAAUAAGUCCCCAUUCCAAGUACUAUUCAAUCAAUUAAUAACUCUCGAUAAUCAAUUUCCCUUCAAACCCGAGUAUUCUCCAAAAACUGGUGCCACUAAAGAAAUCCCAAACGAUUCGAAAUCUCCCAGAAAACGAACGAAUACCAAACAACCCUCAAAGCCCUCGCCAUGCACCCCCUCCCCACUAACCUGCCCGCACUGUUCCCAGAAAUUCACCUUCCCAAGUGUAUUAAAACGUCACCUGCGAUCUCACACAAACGAACGUCCCUACGUCUGCGAAAUCUGUAACAAAACAUUCAAGCAAUUGGGCCACCUGAGCCAGCACUGCUUAACCCACGACUUCCCGACAUCCCAAUGCACAAUCUGCAGUACAAAAUUCGAAUCCCUGGAGCACCUGAAGACCCACUUAUCAGAAAACCACAGGAAUAAACGGGGAACACCGACCAAGUCGAUCUUUCAAUGUGACGUUUGCAAGAAAGUUUUCAUGACCAAAAGUGUAUUGGAGCGACACAUCCUGACGCAUACCCACGAGCGCCAGUUCGAUUGCAAGAUCUGCGGGAAGAGAUUCAAGCAGGCAGGACAUCUGAAGUCUCAUACGUUGGUCCAUACUGGAGAGAGGAAGUUUGCGUGUUCGAUAUGCUCGAAGCGUUUUACCCUGUCGAACAGCCUGAAGAAACAUAUGUACGUCCACAACGGGGAGAAACCUUAUCAGUGCGAUGUGUGCGGGUCCAGGUUCCUCGAGAGAAGAAACCUGAACGGCCACUUGAUGACUCAUACGAAUGAGAGACCUUUCGGCUGCAAAAUAUGUGGGAAACGUUACACUCUGGCGGACACUUUGAGGAGACAUAUCAGUGUGGCCCAUGAGAAUGGCAGGACUUAUCAGUGUGAGAUCUGUGCGAAGAUGUUCAAACAGUUGGCGCAUCUGUCUGUUCAUAAGAAAGUUCAUACCGAUGAACGACCCUUUCAGUGUCAUCUCUGUGAUAAGAACUUUAAGCAUAAGAAUGUGCUCAAGAGCCAUCUGGCUAUUCAUGCUAAUGUUAGACCUUUUGAGUGCGAGGUUUGCAAGGCUACCUUCGUCAGGAAGACUAAUCUGCAGACGCAUAUCACGUCCGCGCACAUGAACGAACGGCCGUAUUGUUGUAAUAUUUGUAACAAGAGGUUUAAGCAGAUUAGUCAUUUAAAUGGACAUGUUAUUGUGCAUAGUAACUCUAUGCCGUUCCAGUGCGAUUAUUGCGAGAGGAGGUGUAACAGGCUGGAUAAUCUGAAGAAGCAUAUGAAACUGCAUGAGAAGAAUAAAGGGGUAUGAGUAUUAGUUUGAUAUUUUUGGGGAAACCUGAUAUUGAGCAGGAAGGUUCCUCAUUACGGGGCGGCUAUCGUUUUCCACUAUUUUUUUAACGUUUGUUGAACAUGAGAACAGGUAUUAUUCGUAUGAAAUGGAAAGAAAUGAGAGAGACAUG